AUGCCGAUGUUCGUGGUGAACACCAACGUCCCCCGCGCCCCCGUGCCAGAUGGGCUCCUUUCCAAGUUCACUCAGCAGCUGGCGCAGGCCACCGGCAAGCCGGCCCACUACAUCGCGGUGCACGUGGUCCCAGACCAGCUCAUGGCCUUCGGCGGCUCAAGUGAGCCGUGCGUGCUCUGCAGUCUGCACUGCGUGCUCUGCAGUCUGCACAGCAUCGGCAAGAUCGGAGGCGCGCAGAACCGCUCCUACAGCAAACUGCUGUGCGGCCUACCGGCCGAGUGCCUGCGCGUCAGCCCAGAUAGGAGAGCGGGGCCGCGGGGGAUCUACAUCAACUACUACGACAUGAACACGGCCAACGUGGGCUGGAACAGCUCCACCAUCGCGUGA